CUGGUCAGAUCAGCUCCAGAUUGAGACGUCAUUCAUCAUGAGGUCUCUUCUGCUCGCCUUUCUUGUUGGACUGGCUGUUGCCAGUAACGUCAUUGAAGAACAAGCCUUCCGCCCCCGUGUGCAAUACCUGUACAAAUAUGAGAGCCAGAUUCAGACCAGCCUGAACCCAGGCUCCAGACAGAACUCAGGAUACAAACUUUCAACCUCCGCCCGUGUGCAGUUCAUCACCGCUAGCCGGGUGCGUGUGGAACUGAAGGAUAUCAUUCUCUACAAGAUUGACCAGCCGGUCAUUCAGAUUGAGGUACGACAACGGUCACGUGAUGGACAUCGCCCUGGACGACCGUGAGACCAGCUGGUCCGCUAACACCAAGCGUGCCUUCGCCUCUCUCUUUGAGGUGAACCUGCAGAAACGGCUGCUCCUGGAGGACUCUGUCCAGCCCGCCAAGAUCAAGUACCCUCCCCACACCAGCCUCUACACCGUCCUGGAGCAAUCCCCCACCGGCGACUGCGCCACCCAGUACGCCGUACAACCUAUCAGCUCGGAGGGUCGCAUCUUUGUGGGCAAAGUCAGGGACUUCGGCAGAUGCAUCGCCCAACCGGGAUACUUCAAGUCCCCCUUCGAUGGAUACCUCGUGCACAACUAUCUCAAGCCAAACCCUGGUGUUGGAAUCCUCCGUGAUGAUCUCCGAGACCACUGAGAUCCCCGAGGUGACCCCGGGCAAACACAAGCGCUCUGACCUCUAUAUGACCAUGCCCAGCAAGCCCGUGGACCCCCAGGACCCCUUCCAACCGUCCAAGCAGGAGCCCAAGCAGAUCUCCAACAAGGCUGAUGUCUACUCCUC